GUCGUGGCACGAACGGUUCGUAAGCAUGUGACGUUUAUUGCUGUUCAUUGACGUUCAUAAUCCGCCCAAUAUCCCCUCUCUGAACUUGAUCCUCUGACGAAGCCUCAAGUCUAAACGCGAAUCUCGUGGCCCCGGGUUCAACAGAAUAGCCCAGCAUGGUCAAAGUCUUUCUAACAGGGAUAACGGGCUACACCGGUGGGGACAUCUUCCACGUCCUCGAGAAGACCCAUCCAGAUUUCGAGUACUCUCUCUUGGUCCGCAACGAGUCCAAGGCUGCACCCGUCAAGGAGAAGUACCCCAAUGUCCGGAUCGUGUACGGCACACUCGACGAUUCCAAGUUGUUGGAGGAAGAGGCGUCAAAGACAGACAUCCUCAUUCAUACUGCCGACGCGUCAGACCAUGAAGGGGCAGCCAGAGCAUUCGCUGCCGGCCUCGCGGCUGGUCACAGCAAGGAGAAGCCCGGCUAUUGGAUUCACACCGGCGGCACGGGCAUCUUGACCUAUCAGGACACUGACGCUGACCGGUGGGGUCAGCCCCUGGCGUACGAGCCGUACGACGACCUCGAGGGCAUCGAUGCGCUGACCGGGCUGCCGGACCACGCGUUCCAUCGCAACGUGGACAAGCUCGUACUUGAGGCUGCUGGCAACCCGGCCAUCAAGGCUGCGAUCAUCUGCCCGCCCACCAUCUAUGGAAAGGGCAGGGGUGUGGAUAAUACCAAGAGCCGACAGGUGUAUGUGAUGGCCAACAUGACGCUGAAGCGUGGCAAGGCACCGAUCAUCGGGACGGGGAAGGCAGCCAUGGACAACGUCCACGUGCACGACCUGACGGACCUGUACAUCAAGAUGGUGGACGCCGCGCUUAAUCCCAACCCAGAACUCGACCAGCACAUUUGGGGCCCCAAGGAAGGUUACCUGCUCGCUGAGGGAGGGUACCACGUGUGGGGAGAGCUCGCCCAAUGGGUUGCUGAGGCUGCGCACGCAAAGGGUUACAUCAAGGACACCACACUCGAGCCGUUGGACGUGAACGAGGCCAAGGAGAUCGCGGGGUUUGAAGCGGCAUCCUAUGGUUUGAACUCACGUGGGUAUGCGAAGAGGGCCCGCAAGUAUCUAGGCUGGAACCCGAGUGCACCGAGCCUGAAGGAAGAGGUUCCAAACAUUGUUGAUGUGGAAGCGCAACUGCUGGGACUCAAGCCGUCAAAGCCCUGAGCUUGAGCUUGUUUAGCCUCCCGACUCGCCCAUAGACUGCGACCUAGUAAUUCUAGCCUAGUAGAGAGAUGCUUGAACAACGGCGGACGCACACGCAAUUUUGAAG